UAAUAUAUUUAGUUGGUGUGAACCGGAACUACAUAAGUUAAUAGCUGUAACUGAUCACGAUGUGUAAACAAUAGAUACAUAAAAACAAUUAGUAUUUAUUUUACAUGUGUUCAACGUAACAUAACGCCCAUCCUGUGGUUUUAUUACGAUCAACAAACGCACGUGACCGGUAAUGCGGAAGUGGAACCGAGGGGACGCUUCACGGGAGAGUCCGGCGCCUCCCGCUGUCUCGAGGCUUCAACAUGACGCCCGCGUGCUGGAACCUGCUCCUCUUGCUCCCGGUAGCGGCUCAGGUGAUUAACGGCGGACAGCAGCACUGGCCCGUCCCGUACAGGCGGUUCGAUCGUCGCCCCCCUGUGGACUCCUACUGUGAAGCUGUCUACCCGUUCUGUCCCACCGGGGACAGGGACGGACGUGUCCCCUACAUGAGAGACAGAGACGUCAUCUCAGUGUACCGACUGCAAACACCCGUGUGGGAAUUCAAGUAUGGAGAUCUGUUGGGGAAAGUUCACAUCAUGCACGAUGCCGUUGGCUUCAGCAGCGCCGAGUCAGGCGCCAACUACACCAUGGAGUGGUAUGAGCUGUUCCAGCUGGGCAACUGCACCUUCCCUCACGUCAGGCCCGACGUGCACGCACCUUUCUGGUGCAACCAGGGAGCCGCCUGCUUCUUCCAGGGGAUCGAUGACCUCCACUGGUCACAAAACGGCACCCUGGAGAAAAUCGGAACCCUCACAGGGAACCAGUUCAACGACAUGGCCCAGUGGGUCCAGGACGACAACACCACGGGGAUCUACUACGAGACGUGGACCGUCCGCUCCGAGCCCGGCCCCAACGCCACGGUGUGGUUCGAGUCCUACGACUGCUCCCAGUUUGUCCACCGCGCCUUCCGGAAGCUGACGGAGCUGGGGGCCAAACUGUCCAGCAGAUCUCCAACCAACUACACCAAGAUCUACCUGUACAGCGGAGAGCCCGCCUUCCUCGGCAACGACAGCGCCAUAUUCGGGCAGCCCGCCCUGAAGAAUGUGGCGGAGGACAUCCGUAAAUUCUACCACGCGUUCAGACCGCACCAGUCGUUGGUUGACUUCGCCCUCAGCCUGCUGGAGGCGUAUGAGAAGGUGGUGUUGGACAAGAGCUUCUACCUUUACUACAACUUUGAGUACUGGCAUCUGCCCAUGAAGCCUCCCUACGUGCGCAUCACUUAUGAAGAGGUGCCUUUGCCUUAACACACGUGUACCCUUGUUUUGUUGCUAAUCAUUAAGAAUUAUUGAAUUAUUUCCCAAAAGCCAAAGAUAUUAACAAUAAGAAAAGCAGGAACAAAUCUGUUGAAUAUGAAAAGUUAAUCUCUGCAUUUUAUAAAACCAUUUAAUAAGCUACGUAUUACAAAUAUAUCAGUGUUUGCUUUCAGAUUGUUGAUGCAUUGAACAAGAACUCUCGAGCACAAAGAGGACAUGGAAAUACCGAUGAAGGUCAAACGCUCAGGACGGCUACUAAACGGACCUUUUGAGGACUCUUAAUUUAUGCUUUAGUUUAAGUCUAUUAAAUAUCUUGGAGUAAGUCCUUCUUCAUAUGUACGUUUCCCCUCGUUUUCACGCAGCCUGCUUGUGUUUUAACUAAUUACAUUUUGCAGUUUUGCUUUUUUAAUGUAAAAUAAUAAACAGAUGCAGGGAGUAGA